AUGACCACUGACGCUGAGAAGGCCUCAAUGGAGCACAUGUCGAGGCAUGUGCAGAGGAGUCUGCACGACAGCCAGCAGCAGAGGCAGCGCGGCGGGAGGGUCUUCUACAUAGUCUCCUUCGCCUUCUGCACCGCUGCAAUAGUCACAGGCAUCUGCUUCAUCUACGCAGUGCAGCUGGGCCUCGAGACUCUGGCCCUGUACCACCCUCUACCCCACAAGGACAUCAUCUUGGGCAGCUUCCCACAGGGACAGUUUUCUAGAGCCAGCCUGACCAGAUUUGAGCUCUCCAAUGGCAAGCAGGUCCUGCAGCCGCACGAUGUUGUGAGACAGGGGGACGGAGCAGCAGAGAAGGUGCAGGUUGCUUUUCUGCCAGUUGAGACCUCGGGCUACAACUUGGGGCCGUCUCUGCCUGAGUCCCAGCAGCCGCUGUCCUGGCAGCGGGAUCAGGAGGCUACUGGUAUUACCUACAGCGGCGGCUCAAAACUGACCAAGGAAGACUUUGUCGCGGCCAUUGUCACUGACAAAUGGCACGAGGAGCUCGCCCAGUCGAGCCGACUGUGGCGCCAGGGGCUGAGGACGUUCAUGGCCACGAAUUACAGCAUGUCACCAGAGCAGCUGGAGCGGCAGGCCAAGCAUGGGGAGACCUGGCAUGCCUACCCCGAUGACAAACCCCUGCACUCCCUUGCCCUCAAGGGCGACAGCCGCGCUGCCCUUGUCCCCUUCCUUGCGCAUAAGCACUUUGGGGAGUCGUACAAGUGGCUGCUGUAUGGCGACGACGACACCUUCUUCUUCACAGAUGCUGCCAUGGAUCUUCUGCAGCACCUGGACCCAGACAUGCCCUACUUCCUCACAGACCACAUGUGGUGGACCUCGCGCGAACUUGAUGAGAUCAAGGGCCACGAGCGCUCAGACACACACCACCCGCACGCGGCCGCCCCGCUGUGUGCGCCGUGCAACUACGCAAAAAAUACAUCUGCCCUGCCCUGGCCUGCGCCGAGCGGCUGCCCCUGCACGCCAGAGCUCCUCUGCGCCGCGGACACCAACGGCACGCUGCCACCCUGUGUGCUGUUCAAGGGUGCACGCGGCAGGUGCGGCCAGCCGCGCGUGCCGACGCACACCUACUCGAUGCACGGCGGGGCGGGGGCGAUUCUGUCGGUCGGGCUGCUGCGGCGCAUCCCCCUGGGCUGGUUUGAGGACUGCGUGACCACCACUUACUCCACCGGCGGCGACGCAUUCAUCUCCAUCUGCCUCUGGGCGGCUGGGUACGGGAUGACGGCGCCAGAUCCGCUGUGGCACCCACGGGGGCUGACAAUGUUCGACGUGGGCCGCAUAGCACAGCGCGACGACGAGCCAAUCCAGCCGAAAGUGGCCCACGUCAUGGGCAACCUCCUGCAGGCCUCAGCCGGCGGCUGCCUCAAGGGCGCCUGCAGGCUGGAGCUCGACCGGUUUCUGACGCUGCACCUGCGCUCGCGCAAGUUCCCCUCCAUUGCGGCCUACAUUGAGACCGUGCGCAUUCUGGCCGAGCUCUCAGACCGUGUCGCCGGCCGCCCCUCCCCGCGCCUACCCCGCCCCAAGGAUGCGUUUGUGGAUGAGUUGGUGGAGCUGGGAAUCCAGGCGCUGCAGGACCGCCACUGGCUGACGGCGCAGAGGCCGUCCAAUGCGUCGAGUUCGCAGCUGGCCGAAAUAGUGACCACAAUCCGCGACGAGGCCGAGCACAAGGCGGCCAGCGCCGUGGCGGCCGAGAUCAUCGCCGCGAUAUUCGAGCGCAACCCCACGGACGACCCCCCGCCGGUGUAUUUCGGCGCCGCGGCCACCCCCGACCCGGCCGACCUCGCCGAGGAGAGCAAGAAGAUCGCGCAAGCCGCCGGACUGAGCAUGGAUGAUGGGGAAGGGAAGGAAGAGAAGGGAACGGUGCGUGAGAUGCAGGGCGGAACUAGGGGAGAUGAUCUUGAAGAGCCGUUGGCGGAUCCGGACGCUCUGCAGGGGAAGGAGUGA